AUGGUGCUGAAUUUAGACCACCGACCUAACUUCAUACAGUCGUUUGUAUUUUUGGAUAUUGAAGCCAGCGGAAUAUUCCCUGUAGAUCAUAUGAAUCCAAUGGAGGGUCCUCCUAUACCAGCAAAUUGUCGGCAAGCUCCACACGCAAUGGAAAUCAGUCUUGUCUCGAUAACUCGAAAGGCAAUUCUGUCUGGAAUUAGGAGGAUGCACUCAUUAAUUCAGAACUCCGAUGAUGUGGAAUCAUCGGGCACUUGUCGAAUUAGUGAUAUCCGAUUUCCAGCCAACGUUUAUACUGCACAGGUUUUCUUUUUGUAG